AUGGCAGGAAUCUUUUUUUUCACCGAUGUGAACAGAUAUGUUAACAAUCCCCACCACUCAUACAUUCACGUAACCCAUGCUUCGCUCGCCGAGUUCAAUAGGAUCACCACCGCCACCAUCAACACCCUUCACUAUAAUCUCGUACUCCACAUCACCCUCCAAAACCCCAACAAAGAUUUCGACGUGUAUUAUGAUAAUAUUGUAGUCAUGGCUUAUUAUCAAAAUCAGAGGUUUAUUAUGGAGAGCUAUUCACAUGUAGUUUAUUACCAAGGGAAGAACGACACAACUCGUCUCAAACUGUCACUCAAGGGACAACAGGACAUGGACAACACUCUUGGGGUGGUUGAGGAGGGGCAUCAAGAGAAUUCCAAGGUUGAGCAGCCGCACCACCAAUGCAUACAUGAUGACAAUGGCGAUGAAAAAAACAAGAAGUUUAGACCAUCUGAAUAUGAUAUUUUUGUCAGGCUCUAUCUUCAAAACACUGCAAUCCCAAACCCUAGGUCGUUGAUCAGGAUGAAUUGGAUAGGGAACUCUCAAUUCACAUGCAACUUGAAAAGGGUUCCAUUGAUCACAACUGCUAAUUAUAACCCUAGUCAUUCCAUGACCGCUGAGUGCAAUUCCGAUUUCUAUCGAGUAUUUCAUCCUCCUGGAAGUGGUUGA